AUGGACUUGCUUCCCCCACGAUGGGCCGACGUGUCAGACGAAGUCAGCGAGAUCUUGGCCGAUAUUGCGCAAAAGAGCCAGAAGCUGGAACGGCUGCAUCAGAAACAUGUGCUGCCGGGGUUCAACGACGAGGACACCAAAAAGGCCGAGGAAAGAGAGAUUGAGAAGUUGACGCAGGCCAUCACGAAGGGAUUUCACGACUGCCACGGAUGCAUACAACGGAUAGAGCAGAUGGUUCGUGAGGGCAAACAGACGGGCCAGAUGAGCAAGGCCGACGAGACUAUGGCCAAGAAUAUCCAGGUGAACUUGGCCACCAGGGUGCAGGAAGCGAGUUCGUUGUUUAGGAAGAAACAGAGCAAUUAUCUGAAGAAACUCAAGGGCAUGUCUGGACUGAUAAGCCCGAUGGACCAAACGUCGACAUCAUUAAGUGGGGGUGAACCAUCUCUUAUGGAAUCUGAUGCGGAUAGAACUUAUUCGCAAGCUACACUGCAGGCAGCUACACACCAGAAACUUCUCCACUCAAACGACGCUGCCAUUGCGCAACGCGAGCGAGAGAUUGAGGAGAUCGCACAGGGCAUCAUCGACUUGGCGAAUUUGUUCCGCGAUUUACAAACGAUGGUCAUUGACCAGGGCACCAUGCUGGAUAGGAUAGACUACAAUGUCGAGUCCAUGUCGAGCGACGUGAAAGAAGCUGCCAAGGAGCUCCAAGUUGCAGAAGGAUAUCAGAAGAAGACGAUCAAGCGGAAGAUCAUCUUACUUCUGUUGCUUCUAAUCGCCGCGGUAAUCAUAUUGCUGGUCAUCAAGCCCAAGAACCACGGGGGCUCACCACCCAGCCCCCCACCAAGCGAGGACCAUUAG